CGAUGAUCUCGCCCGCCUCCUACCUGCUCGCCGCGGCACAGCGCCUCGACACGCCCGCCGUGCCGUUCAAGCCGCUCUGCCUGGCGCUCAUUGGCACCGUGUACGCGCUCGAGCAGCUCCUCGCGCUGCGCCAGCUGCCGCUCUACAGCCGCACCGCGCCGCCCGCCGCGCUCGCCGCCCACGUCGACGCCGCCACGUUCGACAAGAGCCAGCGCUACGGCCGGCACAAGGCGCGCUAUGCGCUCCUCGUCGCCGCCGUCAACACGGCGCUGACGCUGGGCUUCGUGUGGGGCAACGUGUAUGCGUGGGCGUGGAGCACGGCGGCGACGGCGUGGGUGGGCACGCGCUGGGCCGGCCACGAGAUCGCCACGACGGCGCUCUUCAUCCCCAUCGUCUCGCUGCUGCGCGACAUUCCGACGCUGCCGCUGGCCUACUACCGCAACUUCCACCUCGAGGAGGCGCACGGCUUCAACAAGAUGACGCGCAAGACGUUUGCGCUCGACUGGUUGAAGGAGACGACGCUCGGCUUUGCCAUCAUGCUGCCCGUCAUCUCGGCGCUCAUUGCGCUGAUCCGCUGGGCGGGCGACAGCUUCGUCGCCUACACCGUCGCGUUCCUCUUCGCCUUCCAGAUCACCGCCAUGCUCCUCUACCCGACGCUCAUCCAGCCGCUGUUCAACACACUCGUGCCGCUGCCCGAGGGCGCGCUGCGCGAGCGCAUCGUCGCGCUCGCGUCGGCGCUCAAGUUCCCGCUCAGCAAGAUCUACGUCAUCGACGGCAGCACGCGCAGCAGCCACAGCAAUGCGUACUUCUACGGCGUCGUGCCAGGCGGCAACAAGCACAUCGUCAUCUUCGACACGCUCCUCGAGAAGUCGACGCCCGACGAGAUCGAGGCGGUGCUCGCACACGAGCUGGGACACUGGGCGCACUCCGACCCGCUCAAGCUGCUCCUGCUCAGCCAGGCGCAGAUCAUCUUCACCAUCUCGCUCUUCACGCUCGCGAUCCACAACCACGCGCUCUUCCGCGCGUUUGGCUUCAACGUCGCGCAGGGCGCGCACUUGCCCGUCGUCGUCGGCCUCGAGCUCUUCCAGCUCAUGCUGGCGCCAUGCGACGCGCUCAUCAAGUUCCUCGUCAACGCCUGCGUGCGCCGCAUGGAGUAUGCCGCCGAUGCCUUCGCGCAAGGCCUGCCGCGCCCGCCGCCGACGCCCAGCGGCAAGAAGAUCGCCGCGCCGCCGGCCGAGCCCGCUGCCGACGCCGCCGCAAAGAAGGACGGCUGGAAGGUGCCAGAGGGUCUCGCGCCCGACGCGGCCCAGGCCAAGAUGCCGUACGCAGCGCUGCUGAGCCGCGCGCUCAUCAAGCUGCACGUGCAAAACCUCUCGAGCAUGCACCACGAUGCGCUCUACUCGGCGUACCACUACUCGCACCCGACGCUCGCAGAGCGCCUGCGUGCGCUCGACGUACGCAAGAGCGAGUAGGCGCGCAGCGGAGAGGGCCCGUCCUCUGUGUGAGCGGCCGAGGCACGCAUACAACGGGCAUGCCAACGCGGUGCAUGCGUCCUGCGCGACCCGGAAUGAAUGCCGUGUGCCCAUCUGCGCGCGCUUCGCUCUGCCUCUGUCGGCGCGUUGUUUCUUAUCCACUGAGCAUUGCACCUGU